AUGGAUCUGAAAAACGACUCGAUAGUGACUGAGUUUAUUUUACUAGGAUUUUCUGGACCAUGGCAACUUCAGAUUUUCUUCUUUGUGACAUUCUCCUUGAUCUACGGUGCUACUGUGCUGGGAAAUAUUCUCAUCAUGGUCAUGGUGACAUUUAGUUCCACCCUUCAUUCUCCCAUGUACUUCCUCCUUGGAAACCUCUCCUUUUUGGACAUGUGUCUCUCCACCGUCACCACACCCAAGAUGAUCACAGACCUGCUCACUGAACACAAGACCAUCUCCAUACAGGGCUGCAUGGCCCAGAUGUUCUUCAUGCAUUUCUUUGGUGGUGCUGAGAUGACUCUUUUGAUAGCCAUGGCCUAUGACAGAUACAUAGCCAUAUGUAAACCCCUGCACUACAGGAGAAUCAUGAGCCACAGGUUGCUAAGCGGGUUUGUGAUACUUUCAUGGAUAAUUGGUUUUAUACACACCAUGAGCCAGAUGGUAUUAACAGUGAACUUGCCUUUCUGUGGUCCUAGUGUCAUAGACAAUAUAUUUUGUGACCUUCCUCUUGUAAUUAAGCUUGCUUGUGUUGAAACAUAUACCCUGGAAUUAUUUGUCAUUGCUGAUAGUGGGCUGCUCUCUUUUAUCUGUUUCAUCCUCCUGCUUGUCUCCUACACUGUCAUUCUAGCCACUGUACAACAGAGAUCAUCUGAAGGCCUCUCCAAGGCUCUGUCCACAUUGUCUGCCCACAUCAUUGUGGUCACUCUGUUCUUUGGACCUUGUAUUUUUAUCUACGCCUGGCCAUUCAGUAGUUUUGCAGGCAAUAAAAUCCUUGCUGUAUUUUACACUGUUAUCACACCCUUACUGAAUCCUAUUAUCUACACACUGAGAAAUCAGAAAAUGCUUAGUGUCAUGAGAAAAUUAUGGUUCCAACGUGUUAGUUCUACACAGAACUUUUAG